AUGGAGUAUGAUAUUGAGGAUUGGGACAUCAAAAUUAAGAUAGGAGGCCUGGGUGUUAUGGCUCAGCUGAUGGGCGCAAAUCUACGCCAUCAAAAUCUUAUAUGGGUAGUUCCCUGUGUCGGGGGUAUUGACUACCCUCUUGACCAGGUGGCGGAGCCCAUGAGGAUAACGGUCUUGGAUCAGACAUUCUUGGUUCACGUCCAGUACCACUAUUUCCGAAAUAUUACCUACGUCCUUCUAGACGCACCAAUCUUUAGGGCUCAGACCAAGUCCCAGCCUUAUCCAGCUCGCAUGGACGAUCUUGAUUCUGCGAUCUAUUAUUCUGCCUGGAACUCUUGUAUUGCAGAGGCGUUGCAGCGAUUUCCAGUCGAUAUUUACCAUAUAAACGACUACCAAGGUGCAGUUGCACAAUUGCAUUUACUCCCUAAAACCAUCUCGUGCUGCUUGUCCCUCCACAACUCAGAGUUCCAAGGACUUUGGCCCAUGAGAACUUUCCAGGAGUGCGAAGAGAUUUCUCUGAUAUUUAAUUUGGAUCCAUCUAUUGUCAAACAGCAUGUGCAAUUUGGGGAUGUGUUCAAUCUGCUACACGCAGGAGCUACUUAUUUACGGAUUCACCAAAACGGCUUCGGUGCGGUAGGGGUGUCAAGGAAAUAUGGGAAAAGAUCUUGGGCAAGAUAUCCCAUAUUCUGGGGCCUGAAAGAGAUUGGUUCAUUGCCUAAUCCUGAUCCAUCCGAUACCGAGGACUGGAAUCAAGAUAUACAAAUCGGGGAAGCGCAUGUUGACCCAGUGUUUGAAGCGGCUCGAUCAGAUAUGAAAAGACAGGCUCAAAUCUGGGCUGGGCUAGAGCAGAGCCCGGACGCAGAACUUUUUGUAUUCGUUGGAAGAUGGUCGAUGCAGAAAGGAAUUGACCUCAUGGCCGAUGUAUUCCCUUCUGUCCCGGAGAAUUAUCCUAAAACACAACUUAUCUGCGUCGGCCCUGUGAUCGAUCUAUAUGGCCGAUUUGCAGCCAUCAAGUUGAGUAGAACGGCGGACCUAUAUCCGGGGAGAGUGUUUUCAAACCCCCAAUUCACUGUUUUGCCGCCUUGCAUCUUCAGCGGUGCUGACUUCGGGUUGAUACCGUCACGAGAUGAGCCAUUUGGGCUUGUAGCAGUGGAGUUUGGAAGGAAAGGCACUCUUGGAGUUGGAUCUAGAGUUGGUGGCUUAGGACAAAUGCCCGGUUGGUGGUAUACCAUGAGGUCAAGCCGUUCUUUACAGAUUCCUCUGGGGAAUAUUCUCAAAAAUUUGAGAAGCGACUUGUUCAUUGUUCAUCUGAACGGGAAAAAUUAUGAUGACCAACUUUGCAUCGAAAGAUAUCUAUCCAAAAGCGAAAAGGAGUGGUUUCGAAAAUACCACGAUUUGAAGCUCGGGCGAAGCCCCAAUCGUGCAACAUCUUCUGUUGCUUCGUUGGUUCUCGCUAAUAGAGCAUCAUUUAAUGAGGAUACUGAUGGCGGGAGCACGCCAACUGUCCUGGGAAGUCCCGUAGUAGAAGCUACUUCUGCAGAGGUAGAAGAAGAGCUGAAACUUCCCCAAGACUACUUUCCACCUUCCGGUCUGAAAAAGAUCAUGCUGUAUCAUAUUGGCGAUUGGCCGAUUUACUCAAUAUUCCUCGCAUUUGGUCAAAUCCUGGCGGCCAAUUCCUACCAAAUAACUCUUCUGAAUGGAGAAGUGGGUGAACCUGCCGAAAAGCUAUACCUUAUUGCAACCAUCUAUCUUGUUUUCUCGGUCGUAUGGUGGAUUGUCUAUCGUUCAUUGAGGUCGAUUUUCGUCUUAUCUGUUCCAUUUCUACUCUACGGGAUAGCUUUUGCUUUUAUCGGUAUUUCGCCUUCUGUGUCUGGGGCAACUGGGCGGUUGUGGGUGCACAAUGUCGCUACUGGGCUCUACGCUGCUGCGUCUUCUAGCGGAUCAAUAUACUUUGCGCUCAAUUUUGGAGAUGAAGGUCAACUCAUUCUCUUUUCUCAGAUUGUAACAAGGAAACUAACGUCAACAUAUCUUCUAGGCAACGCUUCAAUUGGAUCUUGGGUAUACCGAGCCUGCGUCAUCCAAGGAACCCAGCAGAUCUAUGUUUCAUUCCUGUGGUACUGGGGUAGUAUGCUGGCUGCUGCUUCCCAAGCAGAGCAUACCAGGACCAGUUUAGCAAAUUACCAGCCUAGACUUCUUAUUAUUGGUAUUGGCCUGGGAAUUGCAGCUAUUCUAUGGAUAUCACCGGGCAAAGUCCCUGCAUUCUACAAGUCGCUUCCACGCCGAAAAAAAGUUCUCUGGUUCUUCUACGCCGUCUUCAUCCAAAACUACUGGUUAUCAGCACCAUACGGCCGAAACUGGCUCUACCUGUGGUCUAGCAAACACACACACGCAUGGCAGAUUACAAUCCUGAUUUUGGUUUUCUUCGUCGUCAUCUGGGCACUCGCCCUCUGGAUACUGGGUAUCUUGUCGAAGCGACAUGCCUGGUUUGUGCCGAUUUUCGCGAUCGGUCUUGGUGCGCCAAGGUGGUGUCAGAUGCUUUGGUCAACGUCGAAUAUAGGGUCGUAUGUGCCUUGGGCUGGGGGUUCUGUGGCUAGUACGCUUCUAGGACGGGGUCUUUGGCUAUGGCUAGGUGUACUAGAUGCGUUGCAAGGCGUGGGUUUUGGCAUGAUCCUUUUUAAUACCCUCACCCGCUUCCACAUUGCAUUCACUUUGCUCGCUGCGCAGGUUAUAGGAUCCAUCAGCACGAUUCUCGCUCGCGCUACAGCACCUGACAAGAUUGGGCCGGGCGACGUUUUCCCUGAUUUCUCGGCGGGGCUUCACGAUGCCCUCUCAAAGGCGGACUUUUGGGUCUGCUUGUCGUUUCUGUUAUCGGUGAAUGUGCUCUGCUUCUUCUUUUCUCGCAAGGAGCAAUUGCAGAAGCCUUGA